GUAAAUUCACUGUAAACCACGGCUUUUGGGGGCUUAUUGAUUUAUUUAAACACACAGAGAGUGACGCAAUGGAUUGCGCGGUAAGCCGGAUGACGUCAGAGACUCGAGCACGGCCCGUCGAGCAGCACAGCCAGUUUCCACACGGACAGUUUUAGAGGAAGCGCACACAAGAUGAUGAGUGAGUGGAGUCCUGUGGCGACGGUUUAUGACCCUCUCAAAGCGGGCAGCAUCGAUGGCACAGAUGUGGAGCCCCACGACAAAGGCGUCUGGAGGGCCAUGAUGGCCCGCUACCAGCCUAACAAGGGUGUGACCGGUGACCCUCACCUGACGCUGUUCGUGGCACGCCUGAAUCCACAGACGUCUGAGGACAAGCUCCAGGAAGUCUUCUCCAAGUUUGGAGACAUUCGCAGGGUCCGUCUGGUCCGGGACAUCGUGACGGGUUUCUCCAAGUGUUAUGCCUUCAUCGAGUACAAGGAGGAGCGUUCGGUGAAGAGAGCCUGGAGAGACGCUGACAAGCUGGUGGUGGACCAAUACGAGCUCUUUGUGGACUUUGAACAAGAGCGGACGCUCCAAGGCUGGAUUCCAAGGCGACUUGGAGGAGGCCAAGGGGGCAAAAAAGAAUCAGGUCAGCUGAGGUUCGGAGGCAAGGAUAGGCCUUUCCGAAAGCCCAUCAAUCUGACAUCCAUGAUGCCCCAGAACAGAUCAGCGGAUAGAUGGGAUGCAUCAAGUGCGAGGGAGGAAAGACAAAGAGACCAAGAACAAGAUCGGGAACACGGACGAUGGCGGGAGAGGAAAAGCGACUGGGAUCGAGGGAAUGAUAGAGGUUACUACAAAGAGAAAAGAGACUCGAAACACCACCGGGACCGAAGCCGAGAGAGAGACUCCAACAGAAAGGAAGACAGAAGACACAGAGAUUCUUACAAAGAACGAGAAUGAAUUUGCAUGCAAGACUUUCUUGUCUUAUUCUAGAUUUUUUUUUUUUUCACUUAUGUGAAUUUAGUUUGAAAUAAAAGUUUAUCUAAACAAUAAA